CCUUGUUUACUAGCCUAGGUUUUACCAACCACAGCCAAGCGUCCUAAGGACAUAUUUAUGCAUUUCAAACUACAAGUUGAUGAAGCAAGAUUUUGCUCGAAAUGUCAAAAGAGUUUACAGUCCUUCAGCUUAAACUUGCUCCUGCUUUUGGGGUUUUUCGAUCCUUCCCUGCUCAAAUAUAAUAUAUAAUUAUAUUAUAUAGUGUAAUGUAAUUAAAAAGGUGGGGAAAACUAAUUAAGUAUAAUUAAGGAACACAAUUAAGAAGGGGGAAAUAAAUUGUGUUGCCGAACCGGUAUUUUUAAUCGUGUACUAGCCUAUUAGUUAUAAGUAGCUUGGAGAUGGAUGGGUGAUAGGAUCAGCGUCCCAUCUUCAAUGUUGCUUCACAUUCGCUUUCUCCCCAAAAUUGAGCAGGGACGACCUUCGCACUCCGCGUGUAUUUGCCUCUCGUGAAAAGAGGGGCAGGGGCAGAGAUUGCAAACGGCGGGCGAGAUCACAGUUUGAGGCACUUUAAGCAGAGCCGCUUCUUCCUCGGCGUAAGAAUUCCUAACUUCCAAAGUUGAAAUCGCGGCGUUAAGAAAAUCGAUACUUCCUGUGCUCCCGGGCGGAGUAGUUGUAACAAGAAUAACUCAACGACGCUCACAGAGAAGGAGAGCCAGCGGUCAGGGCCUUUCCCAGUCGCUGUCCUCGACCCGGAGCUUCAUCACCGCUGCAGCCCUCCCAGUCGCGGACGCAAUGUCGUCUGUCAAAGUUGAAUGCGUUGUGCCAGUGAACUGCAAGAUUGGAGAGUCGCCUGUAUGGGAGGAAAAGGAAAAAUCCCUUCUGUUUGUAGAUAUAACUGGCCAAAAGGUCCAUCGGUGGAAUUCUCUUACUAAAGAAGUGCAAAGUAUUUCUGUGGAUGUCCCAGUGAGCACUGUAUCACUUCGUAAAUCUGGAGGCUACAUUAUUACAAAGGGAACCCAGUUUGCAGCUCUCGACUGGAAAAAGAAAUCCAUUACCACAAUUACUGAUGUGGAGAAGGAUAAACCCAACAACCGAUUCAAUGAUGGGAAAGUGGAUCCUGCAGGAAGACUAAUUGCAGGUACAAUGUCUCAGGAGAUUCUUCCUGCGGUGGUUGAGCAACACCAGGGCUCGCUCUACACUCUCUUUCCCAACCAUUCGGUGGUGAAACAUUUUGACCAGGUGGACAUCUCCAAUGGUUUGGAUUGGUCUCUGGAUCACAAAACCUUCUUCUACAUCGACAGCCUUUCCUAUCGCGUUGAUGCCUUUGAUUAUGACCUGCAAACCGGGAAGCUGUGCAACCGCAGGAGCAUGUACAAAUUGGAAAAGGAAGAUUCCAUUCCUGAUGGGAUGUGUAUCGAUACAGAGGGGAAGCUUUGGGUGGCCUGUUAUGCUGGAGGACGGGUGAUCCGUAUAGAUCCUGAAACAGGAAAAAGAAUUCAGACAGUGAAGCUGCCUGUAGACAAUACAACUUCUUGUUCUUUUGGUGGAUAUGAUUAUUCAGAACUGUAUGUCACUUCAGCGACUGCUGGACUGGAGGAGUCUCUCAUACGACAACCCCAGGCUGGUGGUGUUUUCAAGAUUACUGGCCUUGGGGUGAAAGGAAUCCCACCAUAUUCAUAUGCAGGUUAAUGCAUACCCUUGAAGACGCAAAUAUCAAAACAAGGACGGAAGGAAAUGACAGCAUUGCAUCACUGCACAGUUUAUCUAUCUCUUUUUUAGAAGCUAUAAGAGGAUGGUAGACCAACAAGUAUAGGAAGGAACUUCCAAGCCAUGAAUUCAGAUUUGAAUUGUGCCCAAUUUGCUUUUUUAUUAUAGCUAACUAAAAAAAUAUUUUUCCUUUCUGUUAAAUCGAUAUUUUUAAUAAAGUUUCAAAUAUAUGGAUAUUGUA